CACGUCCGCAGCUCCGGCUGAUCUCGGGCGAGGACGAAACUCGGGUCCGCCUUCCUUUCAGGCGCCGCGGGAUCUUCGUUAGCUUUCCUAGCCGGCACCCGCCAAGACGCGGCUUGCAGCCAUGUCAUUUCUACAUACCCCUUUCAUACCCAGCUGGCAGUUCAGUCUCAUGCAGAGCCGAGCUACCUAAACUGGAUUACUUCAAGGGGCUUAAGCGCAGCUAACUUCCGCAGGGCCAAGCUGCGAGUCCCUGAGGUCUGUGGAAGUCGAGCGCUGCAUCCCACAGGACACAGUGUCUAUUGCUAACUAGAAUACAAGAAGUUCCUAUCUGGCACAGCAAGACCUGAAAUAUCUGCAGUGGGGAACUCCAUCUGCUGAGGUUAAUUGCAUAAAUUCCCCACCAUGCAUUGGAUCUGCCCCUUCUUCACAAAAGCUUCCUCCAGGGGUCAGCACCUGCCAGUGCGGUUAUGCAUCCUACGGGCCUUUUCCAGUCAUCUCCCAAAUCAGGUGAUUGAAGAUGUAAUAAAUCGGCCAUCGUCACAGCUGGGAACUGCUACAGAAAAAGGAAACGUGAUUAUAAAAACUGCCAAAGGCACCAGGGAUUUUAGCCCAAAGCAGAUGGUCAUUCGAGAAAAAAUUUUCAACACCAUAAUCAGCUGUUUCAAACGUCAUGGAGCUGCAACAAUAGAUACCCCUGUGUUUGAGCGGAAGGACCUCUUGUUUGAUCACUAUGGGGAGGAAUCAAAGCUGGUUUAUGAGCUGAAAGACCAAGCGGGAGAGUUGCUGUGUCUUCGCUAUGACUUGACUGUGCCAUUUGCUCGUUAUUUGGCCAUGAACAAAGUUUCCCAUUUUAAGCGCUAUCACAUUGCAAAAGUCUACAGACGUGAGAGCCCAUCAUUGGCAACAGGACGCUACAGAGAAUUCUGCCAGUGUGAUUUUGACAUUGCUGGCCAAUAUGACCCCAUGAUUCCUGAUGCAGAGUGUCUGAAGGUCAUGCACGAGAUCCUAAGUGCCCUGCAGUUUGGAGAUUUCCUCAUCAAAAUCAAUGAAAGGCGUAUUUUGAAUGGGAUCUUUACAAUAUGUGGUGUUCCCAGUACCAAAUUUGAAACAGCUUGCUCCACCCUUGACAAGCUGGGCAAGGUGACAUGGAAGGAAGUGAAAAAUGAGAUGGUUGAAGAGGAUGGGAUUUCUCCAGAUGCUGUAGAUCGCAUUGGUGAAUAUGUUCAGCUCCAUGGGGGGAUAUGUCUGAUUGAGAAGCUACUUCAGGAUCCAAAGCUCUCGCAGAGUAAGCUGGCCAUAGAAGGACUGGAGGACAUGAAGUUGCUGUUUGAAUACCUUACCCUGUUUGGAAUCAUAGAUCAGGUAACCAUGGACCUGAGUCUGGCUCGCGGUCUAAAUUAUUACACUGGCGUGAUCUUUGAGGCUGUGCUGCUGCACCAACAAAGUGACGCAAAGGAGUCUCUCAGGAUAGGCAGUGUGGCUGCCGGUGGACGCUAUGAUGGACUUGUAGCAAAAUUUGACCCCAAAGGGAAAAAGGUUCCUUGUGUAGGAGUGAGUAUCGGUGUUGAAAGGAUCUUUUCCAUCCUAGAACGGAAUGCUGAGAUGUCCAAGGAGAAGAUCCGCGCAACAGAGACGGAAGUGCUGGUGGCAGCUGCUCAGAAAAACUUUCUUGCGGAGAGAAUAAAGCUCAUCUCUGAACUGUGGGGUGCUGGCAUCAAGGCAGAGAUGCUGUAUAAGAAAAACCCCAAACUUCUGGACCAACUUCAGUACUGUGAAAAAAAUGGGAUCCCACUUGUUCUCAUCAUAGGGGAAGAGGAGCAGAAAGAUGGAGUUGUGAAACUUCGGGAUGUCUCUAGCAGGAAAGAGAUCAUUGUUCCUAAGGAGAAUUUCAUAGAGGAGAUCAAGAAGAGAUUGGAAAAAUAGAACCCUUUCAUUUCUUUUCUUUUCCCUUUUUUAAAUCUGGCAGCUGUGUGCCCUCAAGAGAAUUUUGCAGGUCCAUAAAGCCACCUGGAGUUAUUCAGCAUUUUUGAAGAACUGGACUUUUGAGAAACAUGGAAUACAGAACAGAUGAGACAAUGCUUUUAUUGGGACAAAUAACAUUUUAGAAGUUGAAAGCAAGUUUUCACAUUGCAUUCAGUUGCCACCUUUUUCCACCCUGUUUUUGUGCCUUUAAUAAUGAUUUGGGAGAUUCCCAGGUUUUGAGGCUAUUUUAUAGGAAUUUGUUUGUGGAAUCCAAAUCAUCUGUGUCUGGGAAAUAUAUUGUAGUUUUGACCCUAAAACCAAUAGUGGCAGUCAAUGACUGAUGCUAAUUUCUAACCAGCAUAAAUUUGCUCUUAUAUCCACAUUGCAUAACUAAAUCACAAUGAAAAUGUACAGGAAUAGCAUCUGAUAUUACAGCAACCAGGAAUUAUGUAUUCUAUUUAAUUACUUCUACUUUUAUAUGUGAAAUCAGAAUAUUUCUCCUGAACAGGCAAAAUAUUAGGAUUUCACGACCAGUUUACAGGGACAAAAUUCUUGACAGCAAGUUGAUGUCCUGAUAGUAUCUAAAUAUAACAGGUUCAUUUACCUGAACCUAAGCUGGCAAAAAGCAAAACUUCUUUCUUUGGUCUUUGUUGGAGAGUACAGAAAAAGCAACAUGAAAUGUGGUACAGGUGCUCUUCCUUUCUGUUUUCCAAACACUCUGCAGAAAACCUACGCACUGGACUGUGCCACUUUGAACUGAAUGAAAGGGAAUAGUGAAUUCUGCAUUCUCACAGAAGGGUUUGAAUACUUAAUACUGAAACUUGCAGCCUUGGUUUUCCCCCCUCUAAAAACAACAACAUCCUUAGUUAGGACAAUGUGCUCCAUAGUUGUUCGUGUCUCUUGGAACAACCCAAAUAGGGUGAUACCCUAUGUUCGCCAUGCUCUGUAUGACCCCAUUGAAAUAAAUGGAAUGAAGUUCAUUAACAGCAGUAGGCCUACUCUGCAUAUGACUUACUAUAUAUCUCUAUAUUUUUAUAUAAAUAGCAUUUAAAUUAUACUGUGUAUAAUGUACAGUUAGAUGUUCUUAAUGACAUUGAAUAACAAUAAUAAUGAAAAUCCCCCUAGUGGAGAAGUUUGUCAUUGCUACUAUUGUAGCUAACUUUUACUGAGCAUUGUACAGUAAUAUCUCUGCGAAUGUCCACCUCGUCUAGCAUCCAAUCCGGCGAACGUCUGCGGCAAACCCGGAAGUACUGGAAUGGGUUACUUCCGAGUUUGCCGCAUGCGCAGGCCCACCAAAUAGUGCUUCACGCACGUGCAGAGGUGCAAACUGCUCCGUGUGCACACGCAGAUGCGGCACUUUGCCCUGCAUCCUUUUCAGAUAGCGGCCGGGGCUCCGGAAUGGAUCCCGGUUGCAAAACAAGGUAUGACUGUAUAGUGGUACCUUGGUUUAUGAACUUAAUCCGUUCUGGAAGUCCGUUCUUAAACUAAAGCAUUCUUAAACCAAGGCAUGCUUUCCCAUAGCAGCGGGGGACUCAAUUUACAAAUGGAACACACUCAGCAGGAAGCGGAACAUGUUCUGCUUCCAAGGCAAAGUUCACAAACCAAAACACAGACUUCCAGGUUUGCAGCGUUCUUAAUCCAAGUUGUUCAUACACUAAGCUGUUCUUAAACCAAGGUACCACUGUACAGGCAGUAACUGAUUUGCACGGGGGUUACGUACCAGACCCCCAUGCGCAUUGGUGGGGCCCACAUAAUGCUGUCUCACCUGCCCCCAUCCUAUCCCAAUCCCCUUUUGUCAUGUUUUGUGACAUUUUCAGGUCACUUCCAGGUUUGGCACGAUGCACAUGUGCACAGUUGCACACAUAUCAGACAUACAUAAAAUGGCCGCUGCCUGUAUCAUGCAUUCCUGUAUAUAGCAGAAAAUUUAACUGUGAUGCAGGUUAACUGUGAUGCAUGCACACAAAUAAAUACAAAUCUAGUGGCAGCCUCAUAUCAAGCCCAAAGAAAGUCCAUACGUUUAAAACCUGCACACUUUCUUCUCUGGUACAGUCUCCACAUUCUCUGAGCAUGAUGAGCCUAUAAAAUGUAAAGGUUGCUCAUGUAUUUUAUUUUUUUUAAAAAGGACUAUUCACUUAAAAAUAAAAUAAUUCUGUAGGUUUGUUUUUUUUUAAUGUCUCUCUGUUGCUCUGAUGAUGGGCUAUUCUUUGAUGUCACCAAGUUAUGCCCCAGCUAAAAAAAGAUUGGCAAGUUAAAUUAACGGAAUAGGCUGAAAUGGCAAAAUUGACAAACUAAGAGGAAGAGACUACAAUGAAUUUAAGGAAGAAUGGAAGAUGUUUAUUGCAUAUAUACAAUACAUUGUACACAGGUUAAUACAUUAGCAGGGUUUUAGGACUACUUGUAAUUUUGAUAUGAAUGGGCAAUAGGUAAUUUAAAUGGUUUUCAAUUUUAACAAUGGGCGUGUGGUAUGUUGAUUAAUAAAGGAACCAAGGAAGGGACUUGGAGGAAGUCAAUCUGUUUUGUUUUGUUUUGAUUUGAUUUGAUUUUGUAUUGUUUUUUAUUUGUGGUUUUUUGUUUUUUGAAAAUUAAUAAAAUGUUAUCAAGUUAUGCCCAAGCGGGCUGACUUGCAUGGACAUUUUCACACGGA